GCGGCGGUUGAAUCAGCUCCGCUUCUCACAGCCGCCAAAACGCUCCUCGGCCUCGUAUGACUUCCACUGCCACUAAAUCCCCUCUCACGCUGCCUGCGUCUUCCCAGGCGAGUCUCAAACGGAAGCGAGAAGCUGCCAGGGACUUGAUUGAGAGUUACUAUCGUCAGUUAACAAAGGGCUGUGGAAAUGAAUUCUGUGCUAAUGAGAAUUGUGCUUCCUGCCCAACAUUCAAGCAGCUGGACAAUAAUCGAGCUGCAGCCAGAGCUCUGGAGUUGUAUCGGGCUCGGGCAGAGUUCUGUGCAGACUGGCCUCCGAGAAAGACAAGAUUGUUGCUUCCUCGAGAUGUUUCCCAUGGAAAUUACAGCCAUGAAAGCAUCAAGGCUGUCGACAAGAGUAACUUUGAUGUGAUUUGCAGUUCAAAAACUCAACAGGAUGACUUUCACAAUUUAAACUACCUUACAGAAGAGAAAGUGGAUGAAAUUCUAACUAUGUGCCAUGAAACUAGAGAUUUCUCACCAUUGGUGCGUGUGGUUGGACGGAUAUUCUCCAGUGCAGACACGCUGGUUAAGAGCUUUAGGAAACCUGAACCACAGAGAGAAUGCUUGAACUGUUUACCAGAAAAUAAUUUGGAGAAAGGCACUGAAACACCAGCAAUAGCCGGAUGUGCCCAUUCAACACCUUGCUGCUCCCAACAGAAGCCUUGUGCUUAUCUUGGAGACUCGCUAAAGCCCGAUGAUGUAACUGUCGACAUCAAGUCAAUUCGGAGAAUUUAUAAAAAGCUACUUGCACAUAACCGGAUAGAAACUGCACUGAUUAAUGCUUUAAUGUACCUGUCGCCAGAUGUAGAAUGUGAAUUAAAUUACCACAAUGCAUACACAAGGGAUACAAACUACCUAAACCUCUUCAUAAUUGUCUUGGAAAAUCACAACCUACAUAGUCCCGAGUACCUUGAGGGAGCUUUACCAAUGUUCUGCAAAGCAAUGUGCAAGCUUCCUUUAUCUGCACAAGCCAGACUGAUCCACCUGUGGUCUAAAUACAGCUCCAAUGAUAUCCGCAGAAUGGUUGAGGUCUUUCAGCAGCUCAUUACGUACAAAGUUAUAAGCAAUGAUUAUAGCUGUCAAAAUUUGGUGAACGAAGAUGAUGUUGUAGUUGCAGCAGCCAAAUGCCUAAAAUUGGUGUAUUAUGCAAACUUGUUGGGAGGCACAUUGACUAUAGACAACGAAGAUGAAGAAUCCUCACAUGAAGCCGGUGAGGGAAAUUUACAUCACAGUCUUUUAUCUGAGGACAAUCGUGACAAGAAAGGUCCCCGAAUGGAUCCCUUGGAAUUACAGCUCAAUUUUAGGGCUAUUGACUGUCGUAGACCAAUAAUACCUUACGAUGAAUUUGUGAAUGAAUCAUUGAACAAUGUUCUUACAAUGGAUAAAGACUACAUACUCUUUAAAGUAGACAGUGAGAAGAAAUUUUCUUUCUUGACGUGUCCAUUCCUUCUUACUCCCUAUACUAAAAGCCAAGGGCUCUAUUAUGACAACAGAAUUCGCAUGUACAGUGAACGACGUAUAACAGUGUUGUACAACUUGGUACAGGGCCAACAGGUUCAGCCUUAUCUCAGACUGAAAGUAAGACGUGAUCAUAUUAUUGAUGAUGCUCUUGUGCGGUUGGAAAUGAUUGCCACAGAGAAUCCGGCAGAUUUGAAAAAGCAGCUUUAUGUGGAGUUUGAGGGGGAACAAGGAGUUGAUGAAGGAGGAGUGUCCAAGGAGUUCUUCCAGCUUGUUGUGGAGGAGAUUUUCAAUCCUGAUAUAGGAAUGUUUGCUUAUGACGACCAGACAAAACAAUUUUGGUUCAACCCUACCUCUUUUGAGAAUGAUGGGCAGUUCACAUUAAUUGGAAUAGUCCUGGGGUUGGCGAUCUACAAUAACUGUAUCCUUGAUGUCCAUUUUCCUAUGGUGGUUUACAGGAAGUUAAUGGGCAAGAAGGGAACUUUAGAAGAUCUAAGUGACUCACAUCCAGUACUUUAUCGAAGUUUGAAACAACUCCUGGAGUAUGAAGGAGAUGUGGAACAAGACAUGAUGAUUACUUUUCAAGUAUCGUACAGUGAUUUGUUUGGAGUGCCAGUUAUCCAUAAUCUGAAGGAAAAUGGUGACCAGAUUCCAGUAACAAACAAAAAUAAAAAGGAAUUUGUUCAAUUAUAUACAAACUAUAUUUUGAACCAAUCUGUGGAAAAACAAUUCAAAGCUUUCAACAGAGGCUUCCACAUGGUAACAAAUGAGUCUCCCUUAAAAUACCUUUUCAGACCAGAGGAGAUUGAGCAGCUAAUAUGUGGCAGUAGGAAUCUGGAUUUCCAUGCCCUUGAAGAGGCAACAGAGUAUGAUGGAGGAUUUACAAAGGAUUCCAGAAUAAUAAGAGAUUUCUGGGCAAUAACUCACAGUCUCCCAGAAGAACAGAAGCGCCAGUUUCUGCAGUUUACUACUGGUUCUGACCGGGCACCUGUUGGUGGCCUUGGCAAAAUAAAGUUGAUCAUCACCAAGAAUGGGCUAGAUUCAGAUAGAUUACCAACAACACAUACAUGCUUCAAUGUCCUCCUGCUUCCAGACUACUCCAGCAAGGACAAGCUCAAGGAAAGAUUACUCAAGGCAAUUACAUACUCAAAAGGUUUUGGCAUGCUGUAAUUAUCAUGCUCCGACUAGCUACUCUUCACGUGAACCAAACUCAGAUGAGGAGAGAAAUCAUUUUUUUGAUAAUACAAUAAUUUCUUAGUAUGUUAAAGCAAACAAAAAAGCCUGUUGUAACAUUAAACUUUUUUUCUCUGGUUUCUUUACAAUGAUUUCAAUUUGUCCCUUUUAUUGGUAAUCUACCUUUAAUAGAGGUAUAGCUGGGUGACAGUUAUGUGCCAGUGGCAAUUCCAGCAAUUUUGAUUUUUAACUACUAAGCUCUGAAACAUUUAUUCUGGUAUUGAUUUAAAUAUUAUCAUUGGUAAAUUUAGGGAUGUAGGACACAAGUGCAAAUUUGUCCAUGUUUGUAUUUUUAAUAAUUUCACAUGUUUAAACUCUACACGGUUUAAAGAUGCAAAGAUUACGUAAAUCUUUGCACCGGCAGUUUUUCCAUGUUUGUAUUUUUAAUAAUUUCACAUGUUUAAACUACACGGUUUAAAGAUUCAAAGAUGAUGUAAAUCUUUGCAUAGGAAGUUUUUCUUAUUAACCUUUCUCCCUUUCCUCCAACGAGCAGUAUGGAAUCAGUUAGUGUGAAUGCUUGGAGGAAAAACAUUUGAUGCAGGAAGGAAUUUCUUCCAGAUUUAGGAAGAGGAACGAGGUUGAGGGCACUGUACCUAAAAUGCAUUUACAAUUAUCUUGCCAGCUUUUUGUGGGUCUCAUGGCUUUAUCUAUUCAUGGCUUCCUUGGAAUAUGAUAAAAGAAUAAUUUUCUUGUAUGAAUACAAGUAAGGAAAUAUAACUUCACUGUUUUUUUAAACUUGGUGGUUAAGUAUUGCUUACACAAGAUAUCAAACACCCAGCUAGAAAGGGCCUGUACUGCAUGUACUAAUCUUGUUCCAUAAUGAAUACAUGAUAGAACAUCAAGAUGCUGUGAGAUGCAAUCAGCUGAUUGUUUGGCCCUAAAUAAAAUGAGAAUUCAUGCCUUUUAUCAUGAUGCUCAAUUGGUUAAUGUAUAAGUGAAAUGGAGAAUGGUCUAUGUACAGUUAGAAUGUAGACUUAUUGAGUAAUUUGAUUUGGGAUAUAUUUAAAAUAUUGAUCCAUGGUGUUAUCUGGAAAUGACAUUAUCUGGAAAUGACAUUUUGUACAAGGUAUAAAAUGCAAAUAAAAUGGAGUUGUGCAGCA